AUGAAAAGUAAAAUAAUUUCUCAGCUUGUGGCAGGAGUGUCGUUAUGUCAAUCUCUGGUUUUAAGAUCUUUAAAGCUUUUAAAAGGAAAGAAAGUAAUCUCGGUACAUGAAAUGAAUUUAAAUGGAAAUCGUGAAGAUGAAAACAUGAGAAUGGAUUUUACUAUUUAUUACUGGGAUUUUUUAGACUGUAAUCUAACAACUAUUCCAUUUGAAGUGAAUGAAAAACGCAAGGGAUUGGGACUUACCAUGUCCUUUUAA